AUGCGCUUUCAACCCGGUCUGCAUGCGGACGCCCCGAAGCCCCGCCUGGCUCGGCUUGGAGAGCCGCCUCUUCCCUCCUUCCUGCUCCAGCAGCUCCUCCUCCUGCUCCAGCCCGGGGUGAGAACGAGGCGUGCCGUCGGAUCCCUCGCUGCGUAGGGAGAGUUCAGCAGGGAGGCUGCAGGCGCCGCGCUCCGGAACGUGCUCGGUGCGCCCCAGUCCCGUCCCCGGGGGAAGCAGCAAAGCAGCAGCAGCCGGCGCGCGCGGCUCUUGCACGUCGCCUCUGCUCCUGGCACGCUUGCAAAAGCCUGGCCCGCCUCUCUGGAGGCGACUAGCUGGGCCGUCCUUCUGCAGAAGAGAGAGCGAGAGGGGUUGGCGAGGUGGAAAGCAAGCAGGAACCUUUGCUGUUUUGCAAAGGUGUGGAUCUGCGUGGAAAGGUAGGCCCGGGGCUUGCAAUUGAUCCUGUCGUUUGUUUGGGGCGAGCAAAGCAAGGGAAAGCAUUGGCAUGGGCCUCGUGUGUAUUUGUGUGGGUUUAGGUCAGCUUGGGUGCAUAGGGGACGGUUGUGUUUGCAAGGCCGCCUUAGCUGCCUUUGCAGACGGCCCAAAGCUCUGGUUAGCGGCAGAGCGGGAGGUUUCUCUUCCUGCCCCUCCUUGGGAGCGGGUAAAUGCAAGCAGCGCCCGGGGUGACCCUCCUGCCAUCCUCCCCUCCCGCCUUCUUUCGCUGACACGUCUGAAUUCGAGAGCUUUCCUGGGAGCGUCCGCGCUGCUGACCUCAGUGCUGGCGACUGGGCUGUAGGUAGGGUUGCAUCAACACACAACUGUGCUCUGUGUGACUGUGGGGGUUGCGAGCGGCCGUGUGGACAGAAACAACCGUCUAUUGUGUUCCUGGCUGCACAGUGGGCAUUUUGUUUUAUUUGCCUCUCGUGAUUCGUUCUGUCAAUCAUCGGGAUCAGGAAGGGUUUGGGUGAGUUUGCGCAUGUGUGUGUUGGGUUUUUUAAUUUUCUAAAAACCAGGAUCAUGAUCAGCUGAGUGUUUUUAUGAACCGAUCUCCAAAUGCAUUGUCAUUUAAUGAGAACAGAUGGGGGGGGGAGGACAGCUCCUCCAGAGUAUCUGUUGGUUGAAUAUGUCUCCUAAUUUGUUUGCAGGGAGGUUAGACGAAGUUGGCCAUUUGUUGAGGGUUUGUCCUCAUCUGUUUGCGGGGAGGUCUGAUGACAAUGCAUCAAGCCUUAUCCCACGCUUUCCAGUGAACCUAAGAAGCUGCCUUCUACUGAGUCAGAAAAUUGAUCUAUCUAGUUCAGUAUUAUCUCCACUGACAGGCAAGGAAUACCCCUAGCUCUCCUUAUUGGAGAAACUGAUCUUUUGGGGAAGCUGAUUUCUCUUGUAGGAGAUCUCCAUUUUUUAUUGCACAAUUCAAAUUUGCUGCAAAGUGAUUGAAUUGCACCCGCAAAUAGCACGAGUUUGGAAACACCUUUGGUUGCAUGUUUCCUUCCUUAGAGUUGUUGGGUUCUCUCUCCCUUUGGAUCUGACUGAACACCAUAUUUGGGUGGCGGAAGGAAUUCUGUCUCCGAUUAGACCGCAGUCCUAUGCACAACAACUCGGAAGUAAGACCCAUCAAAUUAGGAAUUAGUUAUAUGAUUGCCACUUUACAGCACAAUCCUAGGCAUGGCUACUUAAAAACAAGUCCCGGUGUGUUCAGUAGAGCUUAGUCCCAGGUAAGUGUGAGCAGGAUUGCAGCCUUAGUUACUUUGUUUUGAAAUUAAUAUACUGUACAGUGGCGUAGCGUGGGGGGUGUAGGGGGGGCCGGCUGCACCGGGCGCAACAUCUGGGGGUUAGGGUUAGGGGGCGCAAAUCCAUGGGUUAGGGGGCGCAAAUUACUUGCCUUGCCCCAGGUGCUGACAACCCACGCUACGCCACUGAUACUGUAUACUGCUUUAUUCAACUAUGGUUGACUGGUGAUCCUCGACUACUUGUUCUGUUUAAAGGAAGGGAUUUUCUCUUGUGGCAGAGAAUGUGCUUUGCAUAUGGAAGGUCCCAGGAUUUUACCCUCAGCCUUUCUAGGUAGGAAUGGGAGUGAGCCUUGGACAGUUGUUGGCAAUUGGUUUAGACAGCACCGAGUUAGAUGCAACCGUCUUCAGAUUUGGUACCCUGGACUGAUCUGUGAGGAGGGCUUAUAUUUUUCUUCAGGGAUGAGCCCAAUUCUCACGUAUCACCAAACCAUGGCUAAGCGUGAACCGGUGAGUGUGUGAAUGCACAAAGCAAAAACUGUUGCUGCUUUCAACGUCUGCCUCCUGCCGCUGGUACACUACCUGUAGAUAAGCCAUGGUUUGGUAUAGCGUUGUAUGCAAACCUCGGCUUGUGGGUUGUCUCGCUCCCAACAAACCACAAACUCUGACCAAGAUUUGUUCUUGGGGGAGACAAACCAUGAGCCUGGGUUUGCAUGUAAUCAAUCAUAAGCCAAACUAUGGCUGAGCAACAUCACCCCCGGGGGAGUGUAGCAGGCAGGAUUUCUCUCAAGUACGUGGGCGUUAUCCCUCGUUCAUGCCUGACCAUGUGUUGAGUUUCUGCUUCAUGUGAACAGGUCUAUGGACUCUCCGUUUCCCCUUCGCUCUGUAACAUCUGUGUUAAAACCACUGUGAUGUUGACAGUCCCUAGCUGUAGCUGCAGCAGAUUAGGAAAAGGCUGAGCAGGCAGAAAGUCAUUUUGUUCAAGAUUCAGCUAUCCCAGUGUAAAUGCUCCCAAAAGACAGGACGUUCGGUGCCUAAAUGAUGGGUAGCGUUCUGCUAGGGUGCUUUGCAAUAAGGAAGCAGCCAUUAUCUUUUAAGGAACGAUUCCCUUCAUGCUGCUAUUUUCCAAAAGUGCUGUGUUGUGAAGCCUUGUCUUCUAGUACAGACACUAACCAGCUUGGAAACUUGUUUCUGUGGGAGCACAUUUGAAAGUACAGUGGUACCUCGGGUUACAUACGCUUCAGGUUACAGACUCCGCUAACCCAGAAAUAGUGCUUCAGGUUAAGAACUUUGCUUCAGGAUAAGAACAGAAAUCGUGCUCCGACAGCGUGGCGGCAGCAGGAGGCCCCAUUAGCUAAAGUGGUGCUUCAGGUUAAGAACAGUUUCAGGUUAAGAACGGACCUCCGGAACGAACGCACGUAGUUUUUAGAGGAGGAAAAUCCGUAGGCAUGCCACCCGCAGGCAUUCCCUCCAUAACACGCACAGACAUUUCCCCUUACUUUUUAGGAGGAAAAAAGUGAGUGUUAUGGUGCAACAAAUACGGUAAGUACUUAAUCCUAGGUACCACUGUAAUGGAGAACAAGAAGGCUUCAUAACUGCUUGAGGAAGGAGAAUGGGCGAAGGGUUUGGAGUUGUGCUGGAAAUAAGGGGAAUGAAUGCUGGUUUCCCCCACAAUGCCAGCACCGUAAAUUAACACAGAACAUGGUUGGGAAACCCAAAUGAGGCCUUCCAGGCCUCUCCCCCCACCCCCAGCCCUUGAAAUUAUCCCCAGGCCAAACUCCACAUUUUUACCCCCAUGUAACGUGUGUCAGUGGAUUCUGGUGAUGCCCCUUGCUUGUCUGGAGAGAGAAUAGGGGAGCUAGCCUGCUGUUAGGCUGGCAAAAUCAGGAACACUCCAGACCCUGAGAUUUCAGAGUACAAACCUGAGACCUAGGGGUGGCCCUGGCCCCUGGUGAUGUCAGAGGAGUAGGGCUUGGAGACAGAGGUUAAUUGGGAGAAAGGAGUGGAGGAAGUGCUUGCGCUGCAAUUUGCAGCUGACUCUUGGUGGGUUGAAGCUUGCAAGUUGCAUCCACAAUCUGAUAGGUAAAGGUAAAGGGACCCCGGAUCAUUAGGUCCAAUCGUGAUCGACUCUGGGGUUGCAGCACUCAGCUCGCUUUAUUGGCCGAGGGAGCCGGCGUACAGCUUCUGGGUCAUGUGGCCAGCAUGACUAAGCCGCUUCUGGAGAACCAGAGCAGCGCACGGAAACGCCGCUUACCUUCCCGCUGGAGCAGUACCUAUAACGUGCUUUUGAACUGCUAGGUGGGCAGGAGCAGGGACCGAGCAAUGGGAGCUCACUCCAUCACAGGGAUUCGAACCUCCGACCUUCUGAUCGGCAAGUCCUAGGCUCUGUGGUUUAACCCACAGCGCCACCCGCGUCCCAUACACAAUCUGAUAGAUAGGUAAUUAAAGACACUCUGGUGGACCUGGAGAUUUAAGCUUUCCACCUGGAGGGGGACCAGGCAAACUUGGAGACAUCAGGUCUGACCUGCAGGUCUGGCAACCCUGCUUACUGUACCAGGGUAUUUGUCUGAGAAGCAUCACUGUAGGACACCAGAGUGUGUCAUUAGUAUGGUGUUUGUGUUGUGGAACAGCGUUUUAGAAACUGCAGCACCACAGUCCUGUACAUGUUUACUCGAAAAUAAGUCUGGCUGAGCUUUCUCCCUGGUGAGUGUGUCCCACUGAACACACUGGGACUUCUCCUGUGAGUAAACAUCCUUAAGCUCACUGUGCAAAAGAGCAUUUACAGUAGGACGUUGCUGGGUUUUAAUGCAUCCAGUGUUGCGUAAUGGAAUUAAACAUUCUGUAGUUGGAACAAAGGCAGGGAUGAUUCUGAUACCCAGGAAUAGCCAUUUGUGUUUUUCCAAAAGUAGGCUUCUGCUCACCGGCAUAAAUGACGAGAUUUCAGCCUGCUUCCUUUUCUAAGCAGAGAAUGUUCCUGGACUGUUUGAUUGCAGGUUGUUGAUGUAAUGUCAUGGCAAUCAAAGGCACUCAGUCAGCAGAUCUGCUUAUUGACAAGCUUGGAUAUGUUCACAUAUUUAUGGGGAUCUGAACAUGGAACAGAUGGAGGAAGGGGGGGAUACUCCCCCCCCCAAAAUGGCUGCACAGUACCAACCUCCUGCACUGUUAAAUGUUAUGCAAUCGUUGCCAUGCCAACGCACCAAAGUGUUGCAAAAAUAAAUAAGUAAAUAAACAUUUAACUCCAUAUGUAGAUAUCUCAUCAUGUCCUACAUUACUUGAUCAGAUUAUAGCUUCAUGGGGACUGAAUCAACAUACCUAUCAGGUUUUAAUUCAAAGAAAACCAUACUUUGGGCUUACAACUUAUGACCUGCAUCACGUACAAAGAUGAAUACGAAUUUGAAUUUUCUGCAUGGUUUGUGCAGAGUCUACUUUGCAUUCAAACACUGCAUGAUUCCUUCACUUUCUGGGUGUUACAACCCAAGAGAUUGUUGUGUUUCCUAAAGCUCGAUGCACACUGGGUACAAGCCCUAAAGAAGAAGUAAAAAUAAAUUUCCAAGAUACGAAAUGGGUGGGGAAUUGUUUCCGACAGUAUUUGUUGGAAUGCUGUGUAAAAUAACCGCUGCUGUUUUCAACAUAAGGUAGCAGGCUCUGGAAACCUCACGGGACAAAGACAGCGUUCUGACUUACACUGUGAGCGCAGGCAGGAAGAAAUGGAAAUGACGGCCAUAAUCAUCAUUAUAAUAAUUGAUUCUGUGGUUUGGGAGAGAAAGUAGUUGUUGUCUCUGCAGAUUUACUACUGAAUAAAUUUUGAAAGUAGCAUUAAAAGUAUUCUGUAACGCUGUUUCCCUCCCUCCCUGCUAGUAAUUCAGUCAAUCAGUCAAUCUUUAUUAUUACAAGUAAUUAUUAUUUUGUAGCUAUUGUAAUGCUGAAUUUAGAGCGCUGUUGCACUGUUCAGGGUGCAGAUAUCUACACACCUAACCUGGGCACAAGCCCCUGAGUGCAUAGGCAGAGGAGAACAGUCUUGUAUGCUUUUCUGUACUCUGUUAGAUAUGGGUGUUUUACUGCGUUGCAUUCCUGCAUUGCAGGGGGUUGGAACAGAUGGCUUUUGGGGGUCCCUUGCAUUUCCUUAGCACAAUUAUAGCUUUGCAGCUCUGAUCCUGGCAAGUAACAAAAUGCACUUUCUAAAUUCCAUACCGAAUCGGUAACCCAUUGAGACGGCAAUCCUAGGCACCUUGGAGUAAUUCCUAGUGGACUUGAUACAACUUUUUUUCCUGAGCAGACAUGCCUAGGGUUGUCUCGAGCCGCUGGGUCUUGUACCAUUCCCAACUUGCACACUUUCUCAAGAUCGCGGGCAACAUUUAGAGAUUACACAGUGUUUCCAGAGAGUGCUGAGAAACAGUUUUGGACAAGACAGUUCUGGGAACCAAUGCUUCUGGUCGGGUAGGGGUUUUAAUAUGUAGGCAAAAGGUGUUGUUUUAAUGCAGUGGUGGUGAAGCCAUGGCUAUCCAGACAUUAUUGAACACCAGGUCCCUUCAGUUCCAGCUAGCAUGACCCAACAGUCAUGGAUGAUGAGCCAUGUUGUGUAUGUUGCAUGUUGUAUGAUAGUUUAUCAUACAUCUGGAAGGCUAUAGCUUCCCUAUGCUGGUUCUAAAGAAAUGUGGGUUUUGAGUUAGAGGAGAAACUGCAUAAAUCCCACUUGCUUUCAGCCUGAUCUCUAGAUGUGUCUGGGUUUGUUUUUAUAUAUAAAAAAAUCAUAGAGCUGGAAAGGUACCCCAUGCAAUCCAGCAAUCGCAGCUGAGGUUGUUUUGAUUGAUUGUGUUUAUUGUAAUUGGUUUUAGGAUUUAUGCUGUCUUUGUAAGUUGCUUUGAGUCACUUCCAUGAGUAAAGCGAUGGAGAAAAAGAUAGUCUCACCUUUGCUUAUUUGGAAGUAGGAAUGGGGUAGAAUUCAGUUCACACUUACGCAUAUUUACAGGCAAAAUUGUAACUCUGAAGAGUAAACUAUGGAGCCCAGAAUGACACCUGCAGAAUGGCAAAAGCAGGAAGUGUACAAUUUCCAAAUAUCGCAGCAGGAAACCUAUUUGUUGGUCAAGGCCCUCAAGACCUAAUUUGGGCUUAUCAACUGACAGUCUAGGGGACCUGUCUCAGAACACCUUCCUCAGUUCUGAGAUGCAAUUUUAAACUUUGGCAGAAAAGUGGUAUAUAAAUGUAGUCAGUAAAUAAAUAGGCUGUGUGUACACAACAGGCAGAAACUGAUAACGGGAGCAGAAGUCAGCAUUCUAAGAAUUUCACCUUUUACUAUUCAAGUUUCUAGUCCUUAUAUUUUUGAAAUUCAGGAAAGGGGCAAAAAUGUUGCAAAAAGGAGCGUAUACAAUUAAGUUCCAUCUCUCAUUAUCUAUAUCUCUUGGAGAAUUCACAGAAUUUGGGGGAAGCAGAAUUUGGAUUAUCUUAUUUUGCGGGACGAGGGAAGCACAGAAUAUAUACAUAGCACCAUGAUGAAAUAUCAGGUUGACCAUCAACAAUAAGAACCUUCUUGGAGCUGCCAAAACAACUCCAGCUUGAGCACAGGGCAAGUUGCCAUCCUUUUAGAUGAACCUUUUAAAUAAAAGGUCUCUGUCCUCUUAUUGGCACAAGGUAGUGAGACCGGCCUCAUUGCACAGGCUCAUUGAGGUCUCGAGCAGCAGAAUGACUGGGGGUGGCAGGAAAAGAGUCUGCUCAUUUGGCACCUGUACAUGGCUGCCUCCUUAAAACAGAGAAAGCACAGGAUGUUCUCCUGGAAGCAAACAGCUCUCUGCUCCUACAUGCCAGGAAGAUAAGGCCUGGAAUUGGAUCUGUUUCAGAAGCAUGUUCAGUACUGCUGAUGGUGCAGCGUUAGUACUCAAGCUUAGAGCACAAAAAAGUGCUACCUCGGGUUACAGACGCUUCAGAUUACACAUGCUUCAGGUUACAGACUCUGCUAACCCAGAAAUAGUACCUCGGGUUAAGAACUUUGCUUCAGGAUGAGAACAAAAAUUGCGUGGCUGUGGUGCGGUGGCAGCGGGAGGCCCCAUUAGCUAAAGUGGUGCUUCAGGUUAAAGAACAGUUUCAGGUUGAGAACGGACCUCCAGAAUGAAUUAAGUUCUUAACCCAAGGUACCACUGUAUUCUCUGCAUGAGAUUUCCAGUUUUUAAUAAUAAAAAUAAAAAUAUUGGUCUCCACAGUUGUUGUUGUUGGUGUGUGUUCUCCAAAUCUUGGGGAAUAUACAUGGAAGUCUUUGUUGUUGUUUAGUCGUUUAGUCAUGUCCGACUCUUCGUGACCCCCUGGACCAGAGCAUGCCAAGCACUCCUGUCUUCCACUGCCUCCCACAGCUUGGUCAAACUCAUGCUGGUAGCUUCGAGAACACUGUCCAACCAUCUUGUCCUCUGUCAUUCUCCUUGUGCCCUCAAUCUUUCCCAACAUCAGGGUGUUUUCCAGGGAGCCUUCUCUUCUCAUGAGGCGGCCAAAGUAUUACUGGAGCCUCAACUUCAGGAUCUGUCCUUCCAGUGAGCACUCAGGGCUGAUUUCCUUCAGAAUGGAGAGGUUUGAUCUUCUUGCAGUCCAUGGGACUCUCAAGUGUCUCCUCCAGCACCAUAAUUCAAAAGGAUCAAUUCUUCGGCGACCAGCCUUCUUUAUGAUCCAGCUCUCACUUCCAUACAUCACUACUGGGAAAACCAUAGCUUUAACUAUAUGGACCUUUGGCUGCAAAAUAAUAAUAAUAAAAAUAAUAAAAAAAACCCAAAAAACCAACGCUCUGAAUAAUUCUCGCCCUGGUUUUCGUAAUCUUUCAUCAUUCUUGUAGUUCUGUGGCUUGGUUUAAGGCCAGAAAUCAAACCAAACAAACUUGUUCCUGUGGAAACAAGGAAUGUCCAGAAAGUUACUUAUUACUUUAUUGUUUAGUGACAGUUACUUAUUAGGGAAUUCUGGCCCAAGCUUAAGGAGGUGCCAUUUAUACAAUUGGCAAUUGCAUGGGCGACUUUUUAACAGCAAGCAGGGGAGGCUGAUUUGAAUCAGGUGGCAGGAAAGGAUUAAAACCCCUUUGUGCUCCCCGCCCCUGCCAGGAACCUCCUGGUUAGUAUUGCCCCCCCCCCCCCCCGUGCCUGCUACUUAUUUUGUAAAAUGAAAAAGUAGUUGUGGUGUGAGAGCCAAUAUGGUGUAGUCAUUAGCGUGUUGGACUAGGACCUGGGAGACCAGGGUUCGAAUCCUCCCUCCGUCAUGAAGCUCACUGGGUUACCUUGGGCCAGUCACAGUCUCUCAGCCUAACCUACUUCACAGGGUUGUUUGUAAGGAUAUGCCACCUUGAGCUCUUUGGCAGAAAGGUGGGGCAGAAAUGAAUAAAUACAUAUAAAUCCAUCCAUGCAAUUGCUAAUUGUCUUCUCUAUGUGUUCAAUGCUGGGGUCCUUCAUUAGGGCAGGAUCAGUCCAGCCAUGACGGCAAACGAGGCAGCUAUCUAGGUGGCUCCCCGCUUUUCAGAAGUUGGGGGGGCGGGAUACAUUGGUGCCAUCGUUUGUUUCCUUUAGCUUGAUAUUUUCUGCUCAGAUUGAACAGCCUCAUUGAAAGUUGUUCUGCUUUUCUGCAGAGAAUCACAUAUGCACUUGCCUUUCACUGGGAAAAUACCAUCUCUAAUUUUAGCUUGUGUCUUACUUUAGAAGAGGUCAGAGGAGCCUUGCACUGUGCCUGACGGUGAGAUUUGUGGCAGGCCACCUCUUAGCUGUAGUGGUGGCUAACGGGGCAUUUUUCUCCUUUACCUACAGGGUUAUAGUUUUUACAACUGCUGGUACUUCUCUGUGGCCUUCUGCCUCACUCCAUUCCUGCCACGUGAGGAGGCUUGCGUUCAACUUCUGCUGCCGGAAGUUGAUCCACCAUAGGUAAGCGCCUUUCCUUCUUAUUGACUUUUAACUGUAGGGUGAAUUCACUGCGUGGAUCUUCAGCAAACUAGUCUCUGUGCCUGGGUUUCCUCAUCUGAGAUAAAACGGAAAGGUCUCUUUAAGGCAGUACCUUGCUUUUGCACCAAGCAACCUGGGAGUCAUUGAUGAUUUGUUAUUUAGUGAUUAAGCAGGGUCCUUCACUGUGCUCUUUUUGGCGCCUCCUAAAAAAAUUCUUGCUUUGACAAGACGACCCAGAUGUUUAGAAAGCUAAGUUAUUCUAAUCUGUUUUAGUAUUUUAACUUUUGUAUGCCUUAAAGUAUGGUUGUGUGUGCAAGAGCAUUAAGGUAUAAGAACAUAAAAAUAAGAUAAUAAUUAAGCAGAAGCAGUAAAUAAUUAAAGAACCAGAAGGGGAAGUUGAGGGAAGUCACGAGAAGGGGGGGGGGCGCUUCUUUUUUCUUUUAUAUGAUAAAUGUUACAUUGUGUUGUCUGAUUGAAUAUAAAACUGCAAACAUUCAGUAAAAUUUCAUAAAAAAAUAAAAUAAAUUAUGGUUGUGGAUUUUUCUCCCUGUUAUCACUUUAUCUUUUUGUAAACCAUUUUUAGGUUGUUGUUUUUUUACAUCCGAGCACUGUGUAAAUGUUACAAAGCAAGUUAGUAAACAGAUAGAUUAGAAGAAUGAAUAAUUCCGCCUUUCAUUUCUAGAAGAAAUACCAGUUGCUAAUCAGAGACACAGUAUGGAAUCAGUUUGAGAAUGUGUCUUUGUUGUUUGUUCAGAUAUGUUUCAUGUGUAGAGUACUGAUGGUCUUCAACAAAAUGUGCUUCUGUAGCCAGCCAGCCAGCUAUAACCCCCUCCACAAUACUCCAUUGAUUCCAUUCCCUUUCCACCUAGUGUUCCAUUCACCACUCAAGACAGUUUUCUGUACCCACUGAGCAUGCUCAGCCCUCAUCGGACUGUUUGGGGAAGUCACCCUCCUGUUAGAUUCCUCCCCUCCCUCGCCCCGGCUAAUAAUUUAUUGUACUUCUGAAAAUCUUGGGGUUUCCACCUAAGGGUUCUUUUAUGUCUGUAGGUGGUGGCAUUUUGGCUGUGCAAAUUUUGGCAUGUGCAGCCUGGACAUGGGAAAUAGAGGGAGCGAUUUACCCUCAGACUAGGUUUGAUGUGUUUGAAAUGUCUUGGAUAAACACCCACCAAAGUGCUGGCACUAAUUGGACCAGUUGCUCAGCUGGAAAGAGUUGCGGCGAGGUCCCUUCCCAAGAGAGUUGGAUUGAGAAAUUUCUGGAUGCAUUGCACAAUUUAGCCUUUUGCAAGUAAGCGUUUAAGCUCCACCCACCCACCCCAAAUCUUCCCCAACCUUUUUAAAAACGAGUCCUGCUCAGAAACAAUGAUGAUCAGAUGUAUUAUUUACCAGGCGCCAUAGAGAAGGUAGAAUUACAUCACCCUGCCCUCAGGCUUGCAAUCUCAUAAAAUGAGAGUGAAAUAAAGGCAUGGAACCGGAGGGGGAGGAAACCAGAUCAGAAGUUAGCUGGAAAAAAGGCUAAGGGAAGUCUCGUGUUUUUAAAUGAUGGAAGCAUGCCUCAACGGUAUAUGUGGAAUUCAUCUAAGACACAACUAUAGCCAUAGAGGAGGGCUGUAGCUUAGCCAUGGGUCAUCUGAUUUUGUACGCAGGAAGUCCCAGGUAUGUCCAGUUAAGGGGCUGGGAGAGAAUCCUGCCUGAUGCCCUGCAAAGCCACUACCAGAUGGUGUGUAGAGCAUGGGUAGGCAAACUAAGGCCCAGGGGCCGAAUCCGGCCGAAUCGCCUUCUAAAUCCGGCCUGCGGACGGUCCGAGAAUCAGCGUGUUUUUACAUGAGUAGAAAGUGUGCUUUUAUUUAAAAUGCUUCUCUGGGUUAUUUGUGGGGCCUGCCUGGUGUUUUUACAGGUGCUCGUCCGGUGCUGUGGAGAAGGGAGGGGAGAGUCGGUUGAGGGGGUGGCUUAUAGUCCGGCCCACCACAAGGUCUGAGGGACAGUGGAUCAACCCCUUGCUGAAAAAGUUUGCUGACCCCUGCUUUAGGGGAAGCUGUGACAGUUUAAAGUCGCAUAACACUGCUUUAAAUUAAUAAUGUGGAUAUGGCCAGGGUGCUUUUUUCAAGCCAGGAGGUAGGAGACAAAUUCCAUGCAUACGGCCUGUAUCGUCUCUGGUUGGUGGGUGAGGCAAGGCAUGCCUUCUCCAUUGCUGAGAAGACCUCUGCUUCAGCCCUCUCUGCCUCCCAGGAAGGUGAACUGCUACCCCACCUGGGAAUACAGGCCUCAACAAGAAGACACUUCAUAUUUAUCCAGGAUCUGGGAUAUUUCUCCAGGUUAGGAUGGAGCCCCACAAGCCUGAGCUUGCAGGUAACUUCACCUGUUCUCCCCCACAUAAUGAAUGAAGAAACGGCAGCAAAGAGAAACGAGAGAUCUCCGUUGGCUCAGGAACUGCACUCUGCGAUAAAAGCAACAUUCAAACCGUCUCAUCGUUUUAUUAACCACCACGGGAACCGCCCAAAUCUUUAAAGGAACGCCACAAACAGAAUGCAGCUGUUUUCACACACUAGGCUGAUUUCAUAAACUCCUUUCCUCAGCGUAAUUUUUAAAAGGGAUAUAUUGGCGUGCGAACCUCUCCCAGCCCAAAGACUGCCUCGCCUCAUUAAUUUCAAUGGGUCUACUUGGAGAGGAACUUAGCUGGAUGCAACUCAGUGGGGUGUGAAAAACGGCAUUUUUCUUCCAAUUAAUGCUAACCUGGUACACCUGAAACAGGGCAGCCUACCUUUCCAUACCACGUGGGUCACAAGAAUACUUUGACAUAGAACCCACGGGCCGCACACUGCUUUGGGGGUGAGCAAGGCCAAAAUUAGACGUUCCCCCCUCCCUGAGUCCUCAUGCUGCCUUCCCAGAGCUGGUUAAGUGAGGGAGCGGUCUUUGGGAAGGAGGCAGGAGGCCGUGACAGGAUUCUAGAGCCCUCCCGUCUCCUUCCCAAAGCCCACCACCUUGUUUACCUGGCUUUGGGAAGGCAGGAUGAGGGCUGCAGGCAGGGACAAUCAAAUGUUGCCAAAGGCCACCCCAAAAAAGAUAUUGAGGACCAUAUGUGGUCCUCAGGCUACGUGUUGGACUGCCCUGGUCUAGAGCAUCAGCUAGUAUAGAGAGUGUGCAGAGCUACAGAUAGACACAUAGGAAGCUGCCUCCUACAAAGUCAGGCCAUUGGUCUAUCCAGCUCAGUAUUGUCUAGACUCUACCAGGGGUCAGCAAACUUUUUCAGCAGGGGGCCGGUUCACUGUCCCUCAGACCUUGUGGGGGGCCGGACUAUAAGCCACCCCCUCAACCGACUCUCCCCUCCCUUCUCCACAGCACCGGACAAGCCCCGGUGGCUGCUUACCUGUGUCUUGCGAGCGGCAGGGGCUGGCGGUGGCAGCGGGACGAUGAGCGGCGCACGAAAGGGCUCUAGAGAGGGGCGGCUUAAAAUGGCGGCCACUUGAGCACUGUUGCUGCUGGCACCAACAAAGCCCAGCCCCCUUCCUCCUCUAGGCAGGGUGGGGAGAAGCCAGGAGGAGGGAGGGAGGAGGAGGCGGUGCCAAAGGAGGGAGAGGGGAAAAACACGUAUGCCGGCGAUCCAUGUGGCGAUUCCCAAACCAUCCGCGGGCUGGAUCCAGAAGGCAAUUGGGCCUCAUCUGGCCCGUGGGCCUUAGUUUACUGACCCAUACUCUAAAGCAGGCAUUUCCAACAGGUAGAUCGUGAUCUACUGGUAGAUCACUGGACUUCUGUAGUAGAUCACUGGCUCUCCCCAAAGAAGCUCAAGAACUUUGGCUCCCCUAAAAAAAGCUCAAAAACGUAAACCUGAACCCCCCCAAAACAGGGCUUUCCUUCCAAAAAAAAACCAAACCCCUUUCAGAGCUGCAGUUCCCAGGGUUCCCUGCGAAGAGGGAUUGAUUCUUAAAUCACUCUGGGAAUUGGUGCCUUGGGAGGGGAAUAGGAUAAGGUUACUAGACGUCCCCGUUUCCCGGUACAGUCCUCAUACAGAAUCCAUUGAAGUUGCAAAGUGUCCCCGGAUUCAUUGAAAAAAAAAUAUGGUAACCUUAGAAUAGGAGUCUCCUAAGAACUCUCAGCAUCGUGUUGGCCUUCAGGGCCAUUUUCACCAAACCGCAGCCACUCGCCCCCGCACCUGGUGCCAUAUGCGAGGUCAGGUAUGGGACGGUUACUGCUGUGGCUUCAAAGGAGGAAUAGGGAGCUUGAAAUGAGCUCCUGAUGGUUCAUUUCCUGGAGGAAGGCAUGUUCCCACAGCGCCUUACACUGGGAUGGGAAUUGGUUUCCGUUGAAACCACUGCUAAAAUGGAGAUACGUAGAACGUUGUGUGUUUUAAUUGGUUGUUAGUUUAUAAUUGAUUUUUAUUAAAUGUCUUAAACAGCUGUUUCUUACUUUUUACUGAUGGUUUUGUUUUAUUCUUUUUUUGCAAACUGCUUUCAGGUUUAUUCAGGGUUUGUUUUGUUUUUACAACCAAGCGGCAUGUAACUUUUAUUAAAUGAACAAAUGUAAAGCCUAAAGAUUCCUACAUACUGACCCAUUCCCCCCCCCCCCCCGUUAAUUCAGAUAUUGAUCUCCCGCCUUUCCCUUCCUUAGGUUCCUUCAUUUGUAA